AUGCCUCGACACUCCCUUCAAGAAGUGAUAAGGGAACAACAUCAAAAAGCAGCCUCUUCUUCUCCUCCUCCCAAACAAGGUUGGCUGGCUCGGAUGUUAUACGCGGACAAGAGUGCAAAGGGUUGGUUACCCACGAGACAAUUAUCAAUUUUUGUUCCGACCUUGUUUGUGUGUAUGAUGGCGACCACUUUGGUGAUGAAGAGUAAACUUUCAGUAAAGUUCGAAGAUAUUGAUGAAACAACGAAAAAGAAAUGUGAAGUUCACCGCAAAACUGUGAAUGAACUAUUCCGAGAAAAACGGGAAAAGGAUAUGGACGAAGUAUUACUUGAUUAUGAGGUGAGGCUCUGGUCGAGCGGAUAUCAAAACAAGCCUGUCCCUCGCUCUAUUGAGAAUACAGGCAGUGAUGAUGACGAUGAUGCCGGCGAUGAUUAG